AUGUGUGGAAGCGUUUUUGAAAGCAAAAACGGUAAGUAAAACCCGCUAAAACCAUGUAUCGCUGAGAGUCUUGAAUCACAAAUUCAAGAUGUAAAAAUGGCUCAAAAUGUUAUAAAGCAGGCGAAAAAAUAAUAUGUUUUCAGAUAUUUUGUCAUAAAUGGAUUGAGAUUUUCUUAAAACUGAAUUAUUGUUUAAGAGAUUAGGUUUACCGACGUUAGUCCUAGAAACAAAGUCAGAAAAAACUUGGUUUCAUUUCACAGCAAUAAUUUUUUUUAAAACAAGUAUAGGUAUAGCGCUAUUAUAUGUAAUACUGACCAUUUUCGCUGAAAAAACUUUUGCGACAGGAGCGAGAUUACAAUAUUGCAAAUAAGCUUAUGAGUAUUUCAGUUUUCAUUUUCCGCGAUUAUUUUUAGUCUAGUAUCAGCGAUGACUAUUUUAACCAUAUAUAUUUUUCAGACCAUGUAUUAGUUGGUAAUAUCAUUAACACUUCAGUCGUUGCUGAUGAGUUUGAAUGUCACCAAAAAUGCCUCGGACAUAUCAGCUGCAGGUCAUUUAAUGUUCAUCCUGGUGGAGAUAUUACAAAACACGUUUGUGAGCUGAACAACAAAACACGGCAAAUGAAGUCGGUUGAUUUUAUAGAGAAGAGCGGAUCCUCAUUUUACGGACAAGUGAAGGUCAGGUCACCAGGAGACUAAACUGAACUUGGCGUUGUCAUUUUUAGGUUUAUAUCGGAGAUGAUUAUGCUCAAAGACUUUAACACUAAGGUUUAGAUAAUCCUCUGAAACUUAGUUUUGACCACAAAUUAUUUGCCUGAUUCCAUAAUUCUUCCGUUUUCUAGAUUGAAAGCCAUUAUUUCCCUCGAGAAACGUCUCAUCACAAUGUUUUGAUUUGUCCAAUUAAAAAGCAUUUCUGCUUAUCAUACAUUUCCAAUCUCUUGCAGUCAGAUCCUCAAUCACCUUCAGUGCACCUUAUCAAAUUUUUAAUUUGAUUCUAAUCAAUUCAACUCUGUUUCUUUUUUUUCGCGCUGUAAACAACUGAUGUUUUCGCCGUCUGUGAAAUAUGAGUCAUACUUUCAAAAGUUUGGAAUUUCGAACAAUGGCAGGAAAACUUAAUUGUUUUACAUCUUAGCAGCAGUGGUUUGAAAAAACAGGCUCACUGUACAUUGAUAUGGAUGAAUGUAUGUAUUAAUAUAAAAUAAAACAAUGAAUAUAACUGAAAAGUUAAUACCUAGUUUUCAUCAAGGUCAGAAGAUAUCACCAUAUUUUUUAUUGUCUUUGUGUAACACAGGUGUCCUGUGUUCCUGUUUCUCACGACAAAAAUAAACCAACCAGCAGCGGUCAGUGUCACCCUGGAUACGAAGGAAAACGAUGCGAGAGGAGUGAGUAACGUUUGGCUUCUUAAUUGAUGUGUUUUCUUUUAUUUGUUAGGGCUUCUUUUAUUGAUUUACUAUUUUUUUGCCACUGAUACAAGUUAAAAACAUGCGUAAAAUUAAGAAAAAGAUGAGACAAAGGGGCCCAAAGGAAGCUAAUAAGGCUUAUGAAUAGGACUACCUUUAAAAAUAUACUUAUUAAUAAAUAAAAUACUGACAUCGGCAAGACAAUAAGCACAUAUAAUUGCUUUAGAACAAAGAAAAUAAUCAUUAAAUAGGAUAAAAAUACAUAAGGCUGAACGCGUAAGUACAAAAACGAAAAAGAAAAUGCAGGAAUAUACGAGAAACAAAAAGGGAAAGAAGCGAAGAAAUACAUACAAGCAAUGAGAGAACUAAAAGUGUCCUUAUACCACGAAAAAUGACUUAAGUUUAGAAUUGAACAAAGCAGCACUAGAGGCAUCCUGACUUUCAGAGCUAAGGGAAUUAAAUAUUUUGGGCCCUUGAAAAUGAAGUGAAAAUUUCCUUACAUUUGUCCUGCAGUAGGGCAAACGGAAGGAAUUCUUACUUCUAGUGUUGAACGAACGUACGUCACAGUUAAGUAAAAAACAUGUCGUUGAAACCAUCGGGAAGAAGGCCGUUUAUGUAAAGAUACAUAACUUCUCCUAUUUGGAGUUAGAGUCACCUAUAUUUAGGCUUGAACCUUUUGAAAUGAUAUUUAUGAAGCUUUGAAAGAUAGUUUAACCCUUGAAUUGAUUAUUUUUAACUCAACCACUCUCCCUUAGUGUGUUCAUGUCCACACUCGUUAUUUCACUUGAAUAUUUAGGGUUUUUAGCCAAUAAGGGACCGGUCAUUAUUUAUCGUCGGGGGUGGGGGGGCGAGGAUUUUGGGGGAUUGCGUGAUUUUAGGAGAACCCAACAGGGGAAUCACUGAAAACGUUGGAAGAUGGAUUCAGAGGAGGACCACUCAAAUUUGCCUGGAGAAUGAAGACAUCGGGGGAAUGGCGAAAGUUAUCAAAUGUUAUUAAGGGGAUCACUUUAGUCAGGAGCCGAUUUUAGUAAAGUAACAUUCAAAGCGGGGAACAGCUAAAUUUCACCUUGUUUAACUCAAAUCCUCCGCCCCCAGGCGAUAAAUAAUGGCCGGUCCCCUAACUUUCCAGUACGUGCUCGCGUGUAAGAUUAACUUUGUUCGUACCUCUCCAGCUUUUUGGCUCUUCGUUCGCUGUUUUCGUUUUUUUCGUAAGUCUGCAUUUUAUUUGAGAUAAAAUCAAACAUUUAUUGGAAUCUGCGUAGGAUUCAUGGACGUAGAGUCUGUUUUUGCUAAGAAUGAAGGAUAGAGAGAGAAACAGGGUCUGUGUUAUUUUAUGUUACAGUAAACACGGCUGGUAUUCACGUAAACCUGCUCAUUCGUGUAAGAAGAUCCGGGACUCUGGUGAUUCCAAAGGAGACGGAAGGUACUGGAUCGACGCUGAGAACAGUGGAAACCUCUUAAUGUUUACUGUGACAUGA